AUGGAGGCCGUGAGUGCCUCCCACGGCGCAUUUGGUCCCCUGCUGUGGAAGCUCACCACCUUGCUUGCCGAUGAGUGUGCUCGGCUGAAAGGGGUCCGCCGUGAGAUCCGUUCCCUUAGGUCAGAGCUCGCCAGCAUGCAUGCUGCACUGAAGGAGUACAUGAAGCUAGAAGACCCAAAUGACCAAGUGAAGACAUGGAUAUCGCUGGUCAGGGAGUUAGCCUAUGAUACCGAGGAUGUCUUUGACAAGUUCAUCCACCAGCUUGGCAGCAGAAGCCUUCAUGGUGGCUUCAAGGAGUUCUUCCGCAAGACUGCUCGCCGUCUGAAGACACUUGGCUCUCGUCGCGGAAUCGCUGACCAAAUUGACGACCUGAAAGAUCGCAUCAAGCAAGUGAAAGAGCUCAAGGAUAGUUACAAGUUGAAUGAUGUUCCUUCGAGCACCACUAGCCAUACGACUGUGGAUCCUCGGCUGCAUGCGGUAUUUGCUGAGGGGGCACACCUUGUGGGCGUGGAUGGUCCAAGGGAUGAUCUUGCCAAGUGGAUGCUGGAAGAAGGAAACAACACAUCCAAACCUUGCAAGGUGUUGUCUAUUGUUGGUUUUGGUGGGCUGGGAAAAACAACACUGGCAAAUGAAGUCUAUCGCAAAAUCCAAGGGCAAUUUGAUUGUAAGGCUUUCAUAUCGGUCUCGCAAAAACUAGAUAUAAAGAAAAUUAUGAAGGAUGUGAUCUCUCAAGUGUCAUGCCAAGACGGAUCCACAAAAGAUACCACUGAUUGGGAUGAAAUGAAGUCCAUUUCAGAGCUAAGAGAAUUACUGCAAAAUAAAAGGUAUCUCAUCAUUAUUGAUGAUGUAUGGUGUGCACAAACAUGGAACACUAUCAAGUGUGCUUUCCCAGAAGAUAAUUGUUCUAGCAGAAUUAUAGCUACUACACGCAUCAUUGAGGUGGCAAAGUCAUGUUGUCCGGGUGGUCAUGACCGUGUGUAUGAAUUGGAAGCCCUAAGUGAUAUCCACUCCAGGAGAUUGUUUUUCAGAAGAUUAUUUGCCUCUAAGGAAGAUUUCCCUGAAAUGUUGAAAGAAGUUUCUAAUAAAAUCCUAAAGAAAUGUGGAGGCCUACCAUUGGCAAUUAUCAGUAUAUCUGGUUUGCUAGAAAACCGACCAGCCAUCAAGGAAGAGUGGGAGAAGGUUAAGAGGUCAAUUGGUUCUGCACUGGAGAAAACCAAGAGUCUAGAGGGUAUGAGCAACAUACUUUCUCUUAGCUACAAUGAUCUUGCACCUAAUCUCAAGACUUGCUUGUUGUAUCUAAGUUUGUUUCCCGAAGACCAUGUGAUUGACAGAAAUAAGUUAGUGAGGCGAUGGAUAGCAGAAGGCUUCAUUUCUGAAGAGCGUGGACAGAGCAAGAAAGAGGUCGCUGAGAAUUACUUCUAUGAGCUUAUCAACAAAAGUAUGGUCCAACCGGUGGACAUUGGAUAUGAUGGCAAGGUCCGUGCCUGCCGAGUCCAUGACAUGAUGCUAGAAAUUAUAAUUUCAAAAUCUGCUGAAGAUAAUUUUACCACUGUGGUAGGUGGAGGUCAAACGAGUUUGCCAAAUCAUCAAGGUUUUAUUCGACGGCUAUCAAUCCAGUACAUUGACAAGGAACUUGCAUCUGCACUAGCAAAUGUAGAUCUCAGCCAUGUUCGAACUUUGAUAGUAAUGUCAUCAUGUUGCGUCACACACUUGCCCAGUCUUGAUCGGUUUGAAGCUUUACGUGUUCUGGAUUUUGAAGGUUAUAAGGAUUUAGAGGACUAUGAGAUGAAAGACGUGGAAAAAUUAUUCCAGCUAAAGUACCUAAGCUUUAUGGACACAGGUAUAUCAAAGCUACCAUCAGGGAUCAUGAUGCUAGGUAAUCUAGAGACCCUAGAUCUUAGGAAUACAUAUGUGAAAGAGCUGCCUGCUGGAAUUACUCGGUUGACUACACUACGACACCUAACUGUAUUUCUGGAGAAGUUACCAAAUGGAAUUGGGGGCAUGAGGAACUUACAGUUGAUGCCAAAAUUUAUUAUAACCUCGCAAGAAACAGAUGUGUUGGAGGAUCUCGGGAACCUGACAAGUUUGGAGGAACUCCAUGUGGAUCUUUGUGAUAAAGUAUCUUGCAAGGACAAGAUAUGUCAAAAAGAGAUGUUCCUCUCCUCACUGUGCAAGCUUGGCAGCAGCAAACUCCGUUCUUUGAGAAUAGGAGCAUACAACAGGGGUUCCGUCGACUUCUUAGAUUCUUGGUCCCCUCUGCCAUCUUCUCUUCAAAGCUUUUGGGCGCCCAACCGCGAUUCGUUCACAAACAUUCCAAAGUGGAUUACACCUGCACUCACUAACCUUGCCGACCUCUGCAUCAGCUUAACUGAACUUACGGAAGAUGGGCUGCUUACACUUGGGCAGCUCCCAUCCUUACUCUGCCUCCAACUAUGGCUAUCAGAGAAGUUUGUUGGUACAGCCCAAGCCACUUCUUUCCCAAAUUUGAAGGUGCUUAACUUCACAGAAACAGAACGAGCAUAUGUUUCAUUCGUGAAAGGGUCUGCACCCAAGCUUGAGGUAAUUAGGAACAUGCCAUUCAGUGUGUCCGCGGCAAAAGCUGAUGGCUUCUAUUUAGGCAUUCAGCAUCUCCCACGUCUCGUAAGAGUUUACAUAGGGCUUGAUGAGGAAGACGCGACAUCUUCAGAAUGCAAUGCUGCAGUUGCUGCAAUCAGGAAAGAAGCAGGUAUCAAUCCCAAGCAUCCUGCAGUUAGUAUUUGGGGGGAACCAGAUGAGCAAGGAAGAUGGUGA